AGAGAAUCUUGUUGUCGGGGAGUCAGCUUUUGACGAGCACAAGAUGCCGUGUGGAGGAUUCUUCUGCUUCGGAGGAAACUCCAUGAAGGCAACAGUAGAAGCUCCCCUUGCCAAGGCUCCGGCACCUAUCCCAGUACCUGUGCCAGAGCCGGCUGCUCCUGCGGGAGGAGGGUGAACCGACGCAUGCUCCUUGGCAGAUGCCAAGAAGAAGAGGUUGGAAAUGCAGAAGAAGAAAGCAGAAGCCGCCGCCGCCGCCGCCGCCGCUGCGGCUGAGAAGGCUGCUGCUGACGCUGCUGUGGGAGGAGAAUCUACUUCCGCACCAACCGAUGCUAAGGAGCAAGCUGCAACACCCUCGGGGGUUGUGAAAGAGGUGCCUGUGGUCGAAGUCUCAUCCAACUAGUCCGACUAGAGGAAGAGCGACGUGAAGGAGGAUGGGGAUCCAGUACGAAUGACUGGUAUGGCAGAAAGCGAUGAGCUUGCCAUACCACGAGCCAUGUACCAUCCUCUCCUAUGGAAGAGCAUUUAACAUGCAAAACGUAACGGUGUAUCAUAAAGGUAUUUGUUCCUC